UGUUUCGCCCUCUGUGUUUGAUUGUUAUAUUUACAUCAAAUUAAAUGAAAAUUUGUUCAUAAUUGUGCUAAGCGUUUCAAUACUCCGUCAUGCAACUGCCUUUGAUUAUAACGAUAAUUUCUGGAGUUGCUGCAUGUGUGAGUGCCUCCAUCAGCCCAUUAGGAGACACCAGAAUCUGGGGAGUGUCAGACAAUGACGAAGAGUGGACCUCACUUGUGUUUUAUGUCUCAAAUGGCCUAGAAGAGACCGGAGUAAUAUGUCAACAACACAGCGUCUAUUAUUGCUUGAAUGCGUACUACACGGAUGCCCCGCCCGAUCUGGUUGACGAAGACGAUGCAGACUAUCAUCCUGAAGCAAACAGAUUGUGGUUUGCAUUACUCAUCGAAGAACAGUGGGAAAGGAUCAACAUGAUUAACGAAAAAGAACCUGGAGUGUGCUGUGGAACACACGUGUUUAAGUAUUGGUUGAUGGGGAUGAGAAACAAACAAAUGGGUCCCAUGGAGUACAUGGCCAAACUCACAGACUACACCGAACACAACAAAACACUCAACUAUAUCUCCGUAAGUUUCUGGCCUGCAAUUUGUCUCAAUGUUAUUCUCCAAGUCGGUUUUGGGACUGGCGAACUCCGCAGACAUCACAUGCGAAAUGUAAUCGAAGGAGUUCCCUACAUCAUCUUGGGCCGCGAAUACGGAUCCAAGAUUGGAGUGCCUGGAAUCGAUUCACUCCUGAUAGAGUUUGCGGACCCUAGAAAAGAUUUGACUUUCCAUUGGUUUAAGCACAAUAUCAUGUGCAAGCACAAUCCAUGGAUCUGUGAUGAAGAUGGUUCGGUAAUGGAAACUGAUGAAAUGCCAGAGGCGAGCUCUAGUUCUGCCAAAACCAGGAGUCCUCGAAAUUUGAAGAAGAAAGGAAACCGUAGAGGCAGAAGAAAAAAUCAUUCAAUUUCUAUGGGGAACUCUAAAAAAUAAUUACAAUGGCGUAUACUAAGAAGUGUUGAUACUUAAAGAACUUUUCAUCCAUUAUUGAUGUUCAAUAAAUUUCGGCC